GUGCAAAUUUCUCCCCCUUCCGCUUUCGCAGUUUGAGAGGGGCAGAGGGAGAAUGUCUGCGUCCAAAAAUUGAUCCUUUUAUAACGGCGGAGACGGAGAGCUGCUGCCGCUGCAGUUUGUAGAGGGAUCGUCAUCGUCUCUCUCUGUGAGGCAAUUGAUCGAACACCCUGCGAAUUAUUUGGUACGGAGUCAGGUCUAGUCGGAUUCACUGGGAUCUCUGGUUUUGUGUUUUUUUUAACGAGUUAGGGUUUCAAAUUUUGGCCGGGAUGAAGUCAAAUUGAAGAAAGAUCCGGUGAAAUUCGAGCUCUUCUUCACUUGGAUCUGUUGAGGAACUCCAAAGGAGUCAAUGGAGGUCGACGGCGAGAUUGGGAAACAUGGAAAGAUUACUGGAGCCCAGCAAGUCUGCCAGAUCUGCGGCGAUGGCGUUGGCAGUAACGCCGACGGCGAGCUUUUCGUUGCUUGCGACGUCUGUGGAUUCCCCGUGUGCCGCCCGUGUUAUGAGUAUGAGAGGAAGGAUGGCAAUCAAUCUUGCCCACAGUGCAAAACCAAGUACAAGAGACGCAAAGGGAGCCCGGUGAUUCGUGGUGAGGAAGGAGAUGAUGGGGAUGAUGAUGAUGUGAGUGAUUACAAUUAUCCUUCAGGAGGGAAGGAUCAGAAGCAGAAGAUCGCCGAGAGGAUAUUGCUGAGCUGGCGUACAAACUAUGGCAGAGGGGAGGAUAUUGGGCCUCCAAAGUAUGACAGUGGAGAGAUUCCUCGGAAUCACAUUCCUCUGCUUACACAUAGCCAGCCGGUCUCGGGAGAAUUGCCUGGAGCAUCUCCUGAUAUGUCUCCCGCAGGUGGCGCUGGUGGGAAGCGUGUGCAUCCUCUGCCUUAUGUGAAUCACUCACCUAACCCGUCGAGGGAGUUUUCUGGAGGUUUUGGCAAUGUUGCAUGGAAGGAGAGGGUUGAUGGAUGGAAGACAAAGCAGGAAAAAAAUGGAAUUCCCAUGACCAAUGCUACUAGCCAUCCUCCUUCUGAAGGAAGGGGAGUCGGUGACAUUGAUGCAACUACAGAUUACAAUAUGGAUGAUGCUUUACUGUAAGUUUGCUUUGAUGUG